AUGGGACGGAAGAAAAUCCGCAUCGAACGCAUUAAAGACGAACGAAAUCGACAGGUGACGUUUACGAAACGGAAAAACGGUUUGAUGAAGAAAGCGAUGGAAUUAUCGGUUUUGUGCGAUUGCGACAUCGCUUUAGUCAUCGUCAACUCGAACAAUAAAGCGUUUCAGUACUCUUCGAGCGCGAAAGACGGGGAGAUUGAAAGCGUCUUGGAGAAGUACAGGAAAGCAGCGAUGAAGAAAGUGGUUAAUAAUAAUAAUAGCGGUGGUGGUGGUAAUAAUGCUGCGGCGAGUAGAGGGAGUGCUGGCGGUGACGGCGACGGCGACGGCGGCGGAAGCGGCGGCGGGAACGGGAUGACAAACGUGGCGGAGAAGAGGUCAAAUAAGGAUUUGUUUAAGCAGCACUUCGCGGAACAGAGUUUAGUGGAUACCGUAGGAGAGAGAAAGGAGAAGAAAAAAGACGAGAAAGCGCCGAAAGGGUCGUUGGAUACGGACGACGACGAGCAGGAUGAGGACAGCGGAAGCGAGAGCGACGACGACGAGGAAGAAGAGGAAAAAGAAAAAGUACAAACGGAAGCGAACAACGAAAAGAAACAGACGACGGCGAAGAAACGCGCGAAAGGCAACGCGGAACAUGAAGAAUUAGCGCCGGAAGAAAUAGAAAAGUCAAAGAGUAGGAUCGUAGCGCCUACAGUGGUAACGACCAAACUCGUCGCAUCGAAGAAAGGCGGCAGAGUAGAUGUCGACGAAAAAAGAGAAGAAGAAAUUCCGAUACGCCAAGCCUCGCUCGCAGCGGCGCGGUUCCCGUCGCUACAAACGACGACAAAAACGACCUGUGGUGGUAAUGGUGAUGGUAAAGGUGGUGGUAAAAAGAAGAAAAAGAAGAAGAAGCAAAGCACGGAAAAGAUUAUUAGCAGUUACGACGAACGCUCGGCGCGAGCGGCGAGGAAGUUACGACUCGAAGCGAAGAAGCUCAUUGGGAGCGACUGCGAUGAUGACGACCACGACAACGAUCUUCGAACGAAGGUGGAUUUCGACGCAGAGAAAACGACAAUCGACGAACUUUCGAGUCCAAUGAAGAAAGCACGCCGCCUUAAGAUGUGGUCGUCGGAUAAUACUCGGGAAGCGCUCGCGAGAGAAUCCUCCAACGCCGCUACGACAUCGAAACAAAAGGAAGGACAUCGUCAUCAUCAUCAUCAAACGCGUCCAUUGUCAGCACGCGGUAACGGCAUUGGGUUCUUCAACGGUGGAUUCCGACUGUGGGGCGGCACUGGCGGAGACAAUAAUAGUAAGAAGAGAAAGAACGCUACCGCGAUAGAUUCAAGCGCUCAUCAUAGUUUCAAUCUCGACGGGAUUUUAUCGCCUACAACCACCGCGCUCGCCGGUUUACCAUCGCCGAUGAUAUAUUCCCCGAAUACUAAUAACAAUAACACUAACAACAACAACAACGACUCGACCAUGACGAUGUUCAAAUCUAUCUCUGGCUCCGGCGGAUUGCUUUCUUACUUUCUCGGAAACAACAACGUCUCGAACGCAAACGCCAAAGAUGAUGAUAGAAACGCCAUGGGAUUCUACUCCUCGGACAUGAUUGUGUCACCGCCGACGAUACCUUCUCUUCCUAUAAGAACGAUGAAUAUACAAAAAGGCGAUAACAAAAACGACGACGACGACGGGAAGAAGAACGAUACCACCCAAAAUCUCACCUUCCCUCAAAAGCGGAAACUCUCCGUGGAAAUCCCGCCUCGCGGCGUACCCGCGGUGAGGUCGUCCUCCUCCGCCAUGAUGGGGGAGCUCCUCAAAUCACCAACCGCAUCCUUCCUCUUCUCCCCGACCCCUCGCAAAGCCGGUUUCAUCUCCCCUGGCCCUUUGACCGCUUUACUCCACUACGACGAGAUGGAGCGAAGAGAGCGAUUGAAAAAAAACGGCAAACUGAGCAGCGAUUUCUUCGCGAUGCCGCUCGACGAAGAAGAACAAGAACAAGAACAAGAACAAGAACAAGAACUUUUCUUUAAAGAAGAAGAAGAAGAUUUGGGAGACACCAACAAAGACGACGACGAGGAAAAGAAAAAGAAAAAGAAAACGACGAAGAGCGGCAAAAGUGUCGUCAAAAAAGGCAGCGCGAGCAGAUUGCCGUGGAUGCACGUCGACGACCUCUGGUUGUUCGGAGGAGCAACGGGAUCUGGAGAUUUGAUGAAAGGCGAUCGAUGA